AUGAAUAAUUCAACAAAAUGGGGUAUUGCCCUUGGUGCUGGCAUACCCGGUGUACUUAUUGUGAUUGGUUUAAUUGGCUUAUCAGUUAAAUUUAUUAUGAAACGUUGCCGACGUAGAGCUUGGAGCGAUAUUAGAUCAUUACCAAACGCUCUAGACUCAUCGAAUAAUAGUACGCAGCGUCGACUACCAAGACUUUCAGCAUCUGAUCGUGAACCUCUAUGCACUACAACAACAACAACUGAUGUUGUGAUAGUAUCUGGCGGACAUAUAUCUAUACCAAUGGACAACGAUGAGUUCACAUCUAACCCAAAUCAACAUGCAACUACAAUCAAACCGGAACAGACACUUGUUCAGAUUCAACGAGAUCGUUUAAAUCGUCUUAGAGAAGAAGAAAAUCGUACAAGACCGAUGUUACGUUUAAGUACUGGUGAACUUGAAAUACAACGUGCUAUCGAACAAGCACAAAAGGAAUUCGAUGAAUCGGUAGCGUAUGCUUCUGGGAAGAUGAAAGGUCCUCGAAAACCAUAA